AUGUCAAUCGCCCACUCAUCCUCGUCAAAACGGCGCUCCCCUCCCGUCCUGCGCUCCCACUCCCCAUCGCCGGCCCCACCCCCGAGCCUCCAGGCCUCAGCCUCCUCCUACGGACACCCUCGCGCCGGCGUAGCUCCAGUAUCGCGAGGAGUCUACGGUGGGAUUCCUGCAGGAGAUGCCGACUUGGUCUCGGGAGAUGAAGCCCAAGGUCCAGCAGGGGCAAGCUCGGCGCAGCCGAAUGGAGGGUACGCGUACUCUACCACGCUGAGGCGACAGAGGUCUAUUGACGUGUUCCCUCCUUUUCACCCCUCAUCGGGUAGAAGGAGAGACUCUAGCCCUCAUGCCGCUUCGCCCUACGGGAGGUCGCGAUUUCCUUUGUCUGGUGGCAGCGAGUAUGGCGACCAAGAUGAGGGAUUCUAUGAAAGGAUCGCAAAGAUGGGACGGAGGAUAAUAGGAAAGAAAGACUAUGAAGAGAUACGGCAGGACAAUGAAGAGAAGAGGCUAUCAGCGGAAAGGAGACAGAGAGAGACGCCCAGUGCUAUAUAUGCGCACAAGUCUAUAGAGGAAACAUUAGAGAUAUUCGGGACACACCCGACAGAUGGUCUUCCCAACUCUUCUAUCGCACCUCUUCUUGCUCGUUAUGGACCGAACGAGUUUGAACUUCCCCCCUCUGACCCUCUUUGGCUCAAAUUCGCCAAACAGGUCUACGAGAACCCUCUCAUCUUGUUGCUUCUUGGAAGUAGUCUAGUCAGUGUUCUGAUGGGCCAGCUGGACGAUGCUAUAUGCGUUGUCAUUGCAGUCACUAUCGUUUUGACAGUCGGCUUUGUACAAGAACAGCGCUCCGAGAAAUCCCUUGAAGCCCUCAACAGACUCGUCCCGCAUUUCUGCCACCUUAUCAGGAACUCCACUCCCUCUACACCUCUAGCGAAUGGGCUUCUUCCGGGAGAUCUCGUCACAUUCUCAGUGGGAGACCGAAUCCCUGCCGAUAUUCGUCUGAUCACUGCCAAUCACCUGGAAAUCGAUGAAAGUGCUUUAACCGGCGAGACACGACCAGCGAGAAAAACUGUAGAGGCUUGCGAUAGAGGAGAAGGCGAGGAUACGCAUGGUGAAGGGGGUGGAAAGGCUCUGGGCGAGAGACAUUGUAUGGCGUUCAUGGGAACUCUGGUCAGAAAUGGUAAUGGGUCUGGUAUUGUCGUUGGGACUGGGACCGCCUCCGAGUUCGGAGUCAUCUUCUCAAUGAUGCAGGAUGUCGAGGAGAAGCGGACGCCCUUGCAGCUCGACAUGGACGAUCUCGCAAAGCAGCUUUCCAUAUUCUCCUUCAUCGUCAUUGGAUUCAUCAUCUUGAUUGGUGUCAUCCAAAAGCGAGGCUGGUUGGAAAUGUUUACCAUCGGAGUAUCGCUGGCUGUGGCUGCCAUCCCCGAGGGUCUGCCCAUCGUGACCACCGUUACUUUGGCUCUGGGCGUUCUGCGAAUGUCCAAGCGUAAAGCUAUCGUCAAGAAGCUCCCCAGUGUGGAGGCUUUGGGCAGCGUCAGCGUGAUCUGCUCUGACAAAACUGGUACCCUAACCAAGAAUGAAAUGACCGUCACACACAUAUACACUCUCGAUGAUUUGGUCGACCUUACUCCCCAUCUCCAUGCCGCGUCCUCACCCUUUGGUCCUCGCGACCCGAGCACUUCUGAUCUCUGGACGUCUCCUGCCUUGCUCAAGACAGCCCUCAUUGGCAAUCUGUGUAACGAUGCUUUCAAGGAUGACAAGGGAGUCAAUGUGGGCCAGGCUACCGAAGUGGCGUUGCUCAACGUCUUGCCUGUCUUGGACACUGAUGAUCAACGAAAGAGCUUUGUCCGGAAAUCCGAAAUCCCCUUCAGUUCCGAGACGAAAACAAUGUCCAUCACUGGCUCUCUCAACUCUGCCUCUGAUCUGGUCUAUCUCAAAGGAGCUGUCGAGCAAGUCCUUCACCGAUGUCGGUACUACUACGUCACAGACUCCUCGACUCCUUCUCUUGAUGCUGCCACUCAAAAGGUCAUUAUCGAACGUGCUACAGAAGUAUCCAGACGUGGUUUGAGAGUCAUCGCUAUGGCUUACGGCUUUCCCGGAAAAGGCGCGGAGACAGAGAACAAUCUGGUCUUUGUUGGAUUCCAAGCGAUGAUGGACCCGCCUCGUAGAGGUGUCGCCCACGCUGUCACUGCUUUGCACGGUGCAGGUGUACAGAUUGUCAUGAUCACGGGAGACGCCGAGCCCACUGCCGUGGCCAUUGCCAAGCAACUCGGACUGAAGGUGACGUCUACAACCAGCGGCACGCUGGACGACACUGCUCCCCCUCUUUCAGCCGGUACAAGCUGUAUCCUAGGAUCGCAAAUCGACCAGAUGUCCGAGCGUGAAUUGAUGGAACGUGUCCCCGGAAUCACUGUCUACGCCCGAACCACCCCUCGACACAAGAUGGCCAUUGUCAAGGCUUGGCAGAUGCGAGGCGCUGUCGUGGCCAUGACUGGCGAUGGUGUCAAUGACUCGCCUGCUCUCAAAAUGGCCGAUAUUGGUAUUUCUAUGGGCAAGUCUGGUACAGAUGUCGCCAAAGAGGCUGCGGAUGUGAUCCUUGUCGAUGAUGACUUUGCGUCCAUCCUCCCCGCGGUCGAAGAAGGCAAAUCCAUCUUUUACAACAUCCAAAACUUCCUGUCCUUCCAGCUGUCAACCGCUGUCGCCGCUCUUUCCCUCAUCACCCUCUCCACCAUCUUCAAACUUGCCAACCCGCUCAACGCCAUGCAGAUCUUGUUCAUCAACAUUCUCAUGGACGGCCCUCCUGCUCAGGCACUCGGUGUCGACCCGGUGGACAAGGCGAUCAUGAGGCGGCCGCCGAGGCAGAAAGGCGACCAUGUCUUGAAUAGGUCCUUGAUGUACAGGGUGGCAUUUUCGGCGGCGAUGAUUGUUCUGGGGACCAUGUGGAUCUACACUGUAGAGACCAGCGAUGGGAGCAUGUCAAAACGAGACCAGACUAUGACCUUUACUGUUUUCGUAUUCCUUGAUCUGGUUUCGGCCCUUCAAAAUCGUGGUCUCACAACACCCAUGUUCCGAAACCGCAUGCUCUUCUUGACGGUGUCUGUAUCUUUCAUCUGUCAACUGGCAUUGAUCUACAUCCCUCUUCUCCAACAUGUCUUCCAGACGGAGGCCUUGGGGGCAAGAGACAUGUUUACCCUUCUAGGGUUAGCAGGUACAAGUAUGGGCCUGCACGAAGGCAGGCGCUGGUGGGAGCGGAAGCAGUCAGAGAAGGAAAUCUCGGAGAGGGGUGUGGGGUCGAUUGCGUAG